GUUAACGAUGACACCAUUCGCUUGAAGGAAACCGAAAGGCUGCAGAUUCGGUAAACCAGUAUCCCCAUUCCAGUUCAUUUAGGAUAAUUUAACGUCAUUGUGCCAAGCUUUGUGUCGGAUAUUUUAAAGCAAAAUGUUAAAAUCAGGUUGUACAUACGGCACUGGAGUGCUCUCAAUAGUAAUUUUGAUUAUAGGCGUUGCCUUGGUGUUGUCGCAAGUGUUUCAAAACGCACUAUACUCGAGGGUAAAGGAGGAAAUUGUGUUGAAGAAUGGCACUGAUGCAUUUGUGGCCUGGAAGAAUCCACCUCCUCCAGUGUAUAUGCAGUUCUACUUCUUCAAUGUUACCAAUCCUACCGAGGUGAUGAAUGGAGAACGUCCAGCGGUGUUUGAGAUUGGCCCUUACACCUACAGAGAAUUCCGCCCAAUGGAGCAAGUGAGCUUUUCGGAGAACGGAACCAGAGUUUCGGCUGUCAAUCCCAAGACUUACGUGUUUGAGCCCAGCAUGUCCGUAGGACCUGAGAGCGACCUCAUCAGAACUGUGAACAUUCCUGCAGUGACUGCAAUGGAAAUGUUUAAGCACAGCCGUGGAAUGAGCAUUGUCAUCUCUGCACUCUUGAAGUCUACAAAUGAAGCUCUCUUCAUGACGCACACUGUUGGAGAACUUCUAUGGGGCUAUGAAGAUCCCUUCCUAAAAGCUAUCCAUGUGAUACAUCCUGAAAUCGAUGUUAAUUUUGGUCUCUUCUAUAAGAUGAAUGCCACAGAUGAUGGAGAGUAUGUGUUCCUCACAGGAGAGCAGAACUACAAAGACUUCGCCAGAGUGGUUGAAUGGAGGGGUGAAAGUUCUCUGAAGUGGUGGAGCACAGACGAAUGCAACAUGAUCAAUGGAACUAAUGCAGCCUCUUUCCACCCAAUCAUCACUAGAUCACUUUUGACAUUGUUUUUUUGCGCAUUCCUCUGCUUCGGACACAGGUCCAUUUACGCCCAGUAUGAGAAGGAUGUCAGCGUGUUGGGUAUCCCGGCCUACAGGUUUGUGCCGCCCAGUGAGGUGUUUGCCAACCUCACGCUGAACCCAGCUAACGCUGGCUUCUGUGUACCAGCCGGGAACUGCCUGGCAUCAGGUCUGCUCAACGUUAGUGUCUGCAAACAAGGUGCUCCAAUUAUAAUGUCCUCUCCACAUUUCUACCAGGCAGAUGAGAAGUUUGUUAAUGAUGUUUUUGGAAUGAAACCAAAGAAAGAGUACCAUGAAACGGUCCUUGAUAUCAACCCACUCACUGGGAUUCUUCUGAGGGCUGCGAAACGUCUGCAAGUGAACGUCUACAUCGAGAAAAUUCCAGUUUUCAGCCAAACCGGUAAUGUCCAGACACUGGUAUUUCCUGUGAUGUACCUCAAUGAGAGCGUGACUAUUGAUGAGGAGUCGGCCAAGAAGGUGAGGGCGGUGGUCACCAAGGGCGACGUGGUCGUCAACAUACCCUUCAUCCUGAUUGGCCUGGGCAUCCUGAUAGGCAUAGUCUUCACAGUGCUAAUGUGCUGUCAGCGAGGCCCUGAGUCCACUGCAUCAGAACGUCAGCCCCUCCUAAGCUCAUCCUAACGGCGUCAGGGAGGAGAAGCUGGGAGACCGAGGUCACUGUGGUCUCCCCAUUGAAGGUGCCAGGUGGAGAAAGCACUGCUCCAGCAACCAUUGCCUCACUCAACUAAUAGUGUUUCUUGCAUGUUACUGACAUUUCCCGAGGAUUAGAAGGGCCAAUGUACUGGGCAAUCUCCACGAGCUGAUGUGCUCCAAAGAAUGUUUCUAAUACAGUGUGUCAUUUUAUUCUUUUAACCACACACAUGGUAGGUCCACAUGGUGGUGAUAACUAAGAGACUUUCAUCAGUGUUUUAUAUCCUUUUACCAUUUUUACCAUUUUUUGCAGCUUUUUGUUAUACCUGGGUCCCAGAGAUUUACAUUUUCUAAAUGACUAGUAUUGGAGGAUUCUUUCCCAGAAUGGAGAUGUUGAGUGCUUGGAACUUAGCCUGACAGCUAUCGGUUCACCAGACAAUCCUAGUGGAUUUAUGUCUAUGAGUUAUGAUGCCAUCUUGGAGAUGGAAGUUUUAAGCGAACACUGUCAGUGUGGUCCUGCAGAAAGUGGCUUACAAACUUUGAACAUACCACAGUGUAGUAAUCAUUCUGAACAGGAGGUAAAUCAUGCAUUAGAAGCAAAGAUUUUGAAAGAUAAUAUAUUGUGUCAUUAAUUUGACAUUUCAGAUAGUUUGGCUCUUGUUCUUUUUUUACUCAUUGAUAGCAGGCAAGUUGAAGGUUUGAAUCCUUUUUUUAAGGUUUGAAUGCUUCAAGAGUUCCUGUUAAUGAAAGUGAUGCUUGUUGUACAUCAUUUGUUUGCACUUUAAGGGUAUUAUAACCACUUUGACAGGGAUUUUAAUGACUUUGAAAUUACUUUUUUCAUUUGAGAAAGCAGAUUUUUAAUAGUAGGGUUUACUGUUUUCCCUUAGGAAAUAACCUGUUCAGAUGAAUGCCUGUCUUUGCUGAAUAUAGAAUGAACAGGUAAAUGUAUUCGGAAUUCCAAUAAAGAAGUGGAAUUAGGGAUGUUUAUAAGAACAUUGAUCGAUUAAUUUUAUUGAUUAAAUGGUAAAAUUUCAAACCGUUCCAAUGAAUAGCCUAACGUUUGCGAUUAGAUUUUACAUUAGGAGACGUUUCUCCGUCUUUAGACACAAGUCCCCUCGACUGGAGGAAAGUUGCCGAGUCAUGGUUCCCUCAACUGGCAGCAUUCGCAAAACGUAAUUUGCCCAUUCUUAGAACUCCGUUGCCAUCUGAGCACGUGUUUUCAGCUGCCGAUCUCACCUUCAGCAGACUGCACACCAGACUGACCCCAGAGCGCUCAUGCUCAUAUUCCUGUAAGAAAAUGCUUAGGUAUUAAGUUAGCGAAUGGUGUUACGGCUGCAUGUUACAGACAGGAAUAUAGCCUAUCAGCGAUCUUUUACUUACCUUUUUAUUUUCUGCACAUCAAGAGGCCAACUUUACAAAGUGGGGAACUUGCUACCAUUUUGUAUAGCCUACCACUUUCACUACAGAAUACACUAUUCAAUAGAUCCAUGUGUUUUU